AUGGGUAAACCAAAACGAAAUAGAAUGCAAAUGGAAAUUGAUAAUGAACCAACAUCACCUCCAAAACCUAUGAAUAUUGAUAAAUGGUCUAUUUCUUCACAAGAAAGGAAAGGUGCUGAUAAUUUACUUCACAAAAUUAAAAAGAAACCAAAACCACUUCGAGCAAAAGCAAAAAAAAGACGAGAACAAGGCAUAAAACGAGCAUUGAACAUUAAAGAAAAGGAAGAAAUUAAAAUUGCUAAAUCAUUAGAAAAAUUGAAUAAAAAGAAACGUUUGAAAUCAAUUCAGGAAUAA